CCAUCGCACACGCUCAGCCAUUCUACAUGAAGAACACUCCCCCCUAUCCCUCAUCAGCCCGACCGGCCAAACCAGUGGCUGAAGAAGCCCCUGUACCCGCCCUCGCCACCAGGACUAGCGCCGCCGCUCUCUGUCGUCGCAGCAGCAGCAGCAGCAGCAGCAACAGCUGCUGCACUCGCACUCUCACUGGCGGCAGCUGGAGAGCUGGCAGGCACCCCCUGGGACUCACUCAUGGCCGAUGUCGGAGCGGCGAUGCUCUCAAAACCACCACCUUGCAUGCCGGACGUCUGGGAUGCCGCCAGCUGUGCGAAUGGGUUGACGAGCACCGGCAGCGGCGGCUGGAAGAGGCCCUGGUCGAUCGUCCCUUGGAAGAUGAACAGGCUCUGCGGCGAGCCGCCCUGCUGGCCCGAUGUCGCAGCUGCAGCUGCUGCUCCGGCAGGUGGCUCUGUCGGCUCGCAGGGAGGGCGUGAGUCGGCUGGAGGCGAGAAGAACGGACGCUGCAGGGAAGGGCAAGCAGACAGCACAACGCAUCAAUGACGGAUUGCACGGAGGCAUUCCUGGUGGUGUGUCUGCCUCACCUGUGCUCUCCCCCGUCGCCUGGAGGCCCGCCUGACUUGGCUUGGGCGAGCACUCUCGUCCCCACUCCUGAUGUCCUCCCACUCCAGGCCACCUCGCGGCGCCACCGGGGUAUCCCACAACCAAUGCCCCCCGCUGCCGCUCGGCAACGCAGCUGCUGCCGCUGCUGCUGGUGGUGCGGCCGGCUCGCUUGCUCCCACGCCGCUGCCCAGCCCCAAGCUACCGAACAUCAGCGUGCUGAUAUCCCUCUCCUCCUGCGAGGCCCCACCGACUGCUGCUGCUGCCGCUGCUGUUGGACCAUCGGCGGUCGUUGGCUGGACGGGCGGGAAUGACGGCAGGGGGUGGAACGGGGAGGGGGACGGUGUCAACAGAGCUGCUGAUGACGUGCGGAGGGAGCUCUCGCGCGCUCGGAACUGCGAGUCGCCUCUGGCACGAUGUCUGCGGAUGGCUGAGUGGCCGCGCUGCUGGGGAGCUGUGCGGGCCGUGGCGUUGGGUGCAUCUGAUGCAAACCAGGGGAGAACGGAAGAGUGUAUUGGUCCCUCAUAUGUGUCUUGUAUCUGCUUACCGCUACAGUCGGUGUCGGUGAAGAUGAUACUCACGAGGGACGACAUGAGAAGGCUGCCCAGAUCCCCACGAGCAGGCGACACACGAGGGACAGACAUGCUGCACAAUCAACACACGCACACACACACACGCACAGUCACACAGCGUCACAGCACCCUCCAGCCCCUUCCGUGUUUCUGGUGCGUAUGCUUACACGCAGUAUGGCGACAAUGCCCCCGUCAGUCGUCUGGUCAUCCGGUGAAUGAAGUUGCCCCCCUCGGCAGCGGCCUGUCCGCCGUCCCCCGUAGCCCCCUCCCCCUCCCCCAGCCGCAGGUGGUCCCCGAAGCUCUGCUGCAGCUGCUGUGACGUGCGAUCGCUCUCAUCAUCCCCCUCGUCGCUGCUGGGCCGCAUCUGUGUGUCGGGUGGGCCGUCCAUCUCGGUGAUGAUGUCCGUCUCGAUCUGCUUGAGCGUCUCGAGGAAGUCCACCUCGUCGCUGCUGAAGCUGGGGGCGCUACGUGGGGCGGCGGCGUACGCACUGCUACUCGACGGGUCGUCCGAUCGGGGCAGACUCGAUGCACGACCCAAAUUGCGACGGCCUGGGAUGAAGGAAGGGGAAAGAACACAUUGCUGGCUGGUGCAGUGGAUGUUGGUGUUGGUGAUACCUGCGUCGCUGAUGAGGCUUUGCAUCCUCCCGAGCGCGCCGUCGAUGUGCUGCUGCAGCCUGAGUGACUCGUGUCGUCUGUGCUCGAACACCGAGAGGCCCUUCUGGUACUCAUCCGCCAACGUGCGCAAAGCCAGUUGCUGACAUACACACAUCACAAGAGCCACAGGGACGGACAGCAUCAGGCGAUGUGGCGCUCAUCCAGUCUUCGCUUACACGCUGCUCCUCUAUGAUCUCCUUGGCACGACUGAUGUGCACGCAUCACACAACACGCACAAUGAUCCAUGUGGCGAUCGCCGCCUCUUUGGCUGGCUGCGUGGUUACUCACUUGAAGUGCGAGUGGACUUCGCCCUCGGCGUUGCUAAAAUACUGCCGAUAGUGCUGCACACGCACACAUAACACCAAUCCUUCAGGCUCAUUGUGUGUGGUUGCCUUUGGUGUGCUCACGUCCUGUGCCUCUGCGCUGCGGGUGCCAGCAGACAGGGAGAGGGCCGUCCUGCUCUUCUCGAGAAACUGACAAACAAAGACGACCACAGCACACAGCGAUGAGUGGAUGGUCCGUCGGCACAGUUGUGUUGUGUUGACCUGGUUGUGGCUCUUGGCGAUCUCUAGUUUCUUCCUGACGGCAUCCUUGAUGAGCGACCGCUUGUGCGCGUAGCAGGGCGCGUCAGGAGUGAUGUAGCAUGAGAUGCAGACACAACAGUCACACACAUCUGACAACACACAACACACACACACACACAGAGAGAGAGAGAGAGAGUCCACACGCGAGUCCCUCUUUGUCCAUUCCCUCCCUCCCUCCCUCCCUUCCUGCCCGUCUCACCGCAGAAGGCAUUGACGGGUACGUCAUGCCUCUUGCACUGUUUGCCGGAGCUGGACAGCACCUUGAGCUUCCGCUUGGACUCCUCACGCCUCCCACCCUCCACCUGGCCGCGCUGCCCCCCGCCCCCCUGCGCCGCCUGCUCCCGCUGCAGGCGAUCCCUCUCACGCUCCACCACCUGGCACACCGCGAAGUUGCGGCGAACCUCGUGGAACGGAGUCACCGCUCUGAUGAGUGCAACGCACACAUACAGGGGCAGGACAGACAGGCAGUUGUGAGGCAUCACAUCAUUCAUUCGAUGGGUGUGGAUUAGUGCUGUGUGGUGUGUACCUGCAGUUAGGGCAUGUGACCUGUGGGAAGGGGAGGUACUGGAGCAUGCGGCCGAUACACUGACACACACAACAGACGAAAAGGGAAUGACAUGUGAGGCGCGACAGCAGGGAAUGAGCUUUCCUCUGAUAUCACUCACGUCUGAACAGAAUGUAUGACCUGAGAGAAGAAGAGAAUGACACGGACAGCACACACAGCCACAUCAAUGACCCUCUGGUAGGCAGCAUUUCAGGGCAUUCGUCCCCGCCGAGCGUACCGCAUCGCGACAGAAUCUGCGGCAGGCGUGUGUUCGUGUCGUAUUCUGUCAGGCAGAUCUCACAUGUCGAGAGGGACUCGCCGGCGUCACCUGAGCCUCCCGCGGCCGCUGCAGCCGCGGCUGCUGCCGCGGAAGAGGCUGCCGCUGCCAUUCGUGUCUGUCGACCAACCUUGGGUCUCAGAAAGUGCUCGCCAGCACAUUCAUCUAUGCACUUCAGCGCCUAUUGCCAUGGGAAAAAGGGCUGGAGGCUGGAGGAGAGGAAUGAGCGGAUCAUGA